CCUCACUUCUCUCCCACGCUGCCUCCUCCCUUCUCCUCUCCUCUGCUCUCACAUCACACGCGUCCUAAAAGCAGGACAAAGAAAAGCAGCUCCGGCGCCAUGGGCAAGGACUGCGGCAACCACGGCGAGGACAACGUCCGGCAGGCGUGCCGGCGCGUGCUGGCCUUCCUCUUCUUCCUCGCCCUCGUCGUCGGCUUCAUCGUCCUCAUCGUCUACCUGGUCCUCCGCCCCACGCACCCGCGCUUCUUCCUCCAGGACGCCUCGCUGCAGCAGCUGGACGCCCUCACCGCCAACUCCUCCGCCGCCGCCGGCAUCCUCUCCACCACCCUCCAGGUGACCAUCGCCUCCCGCAACCCCAACGACCGCGUGGGCGUCUACUACGACCGCCUGGACGUCUACGCCUCCUACAAGUACCAGCAGAUCACGCUGGCCUCCGCGCUCCCGCCGGUGUACCAGGGCCACGGUGACGUGGAGGUCUGGUCCCCGGUCCUCACCGGCCCCGGCGUCCCCUUCGCGCCCUACCUCGCCAGCUCGCUCGCCACGGACGUCCAGGCCGGGACCCUCGUCCUCCAGGUCAAGAUCGACGGCCGCGUCCGCUGGAAGGUCGGCAGCUGGAUCUCCGGCCACUACCACAUCUUCGUCACCUGCCCGGCCUACCUCACCAGCGUCGGCGGCAACGGCGCGCCGGGCGCCAGCGGGCUCAGGUUCCAGAGCGCCACCUACUGCCGCGUCGAGGUGUAAGCCAACAAAAAAUAUCUCUCCGCCGUGCUCUGCUUCUUCUCCCUCUGCUCCGGCCAGUCCUCGGCGGCGCCGAGGUGUGUUUCUUCUGGCGGGCGGCGCGCUCGCGUGUCCGUGCGGAGCAGACAGCUGGAAGAAGAUCCACGGAGGAGGGGUGCUACACGGUAAUAAUUGUUAGCGUCGAGGGGUAUAGGUGUAAAAAAGUGCAAGAGAAAUUUAGUGUCGGUUAAUGCUGGGGGUUACAGUUACAGGUGUAGUAAUUAUGUUUUGUCCGUGUUUAAUUGGAGCGUUGUUUUUUCUUCCUUCCACGUUUAAUUGUCAAUAUAAACUUCCUUUGAUGAA